CCCCAAACAGAUCACUUGAAUUUUCUCUUGUACACAGAAACUCGGUCUUCCUCCCCAGAACCGAAGUAAACAUGUAUCCGGUUCAUUCAGAUCCCAAUCAACCCGUCCCGGUCGAUCACUUUGACCGCCUCCCGGACUCACUCCUCCUCCUAAUCUUCAACAACAUCGGCGACGUCAAAGCUCUCGGACGCUGCUGUGUUGUUUCCCGUCGUUUUCAUUCCCUAGUUCCUCAAGUCGAAAACGUCGUCGUCCGUGUCGAUUGCGUCAUCUCCGACGACGAUUGCUCCCCUUCUUCGUCUUCCUCCGACAAGUCCCGUGCCCUCGUCGGUCCUAUCUCGAAUCUCUUCCGUCUCGUCUUCGGCGGCAUUGUUAAGCCCCUUCAGGCUUUGGGUCAGUUCAUCGGCCCUACACGGUCCGUUUUGAACGAAACCCUAAAUUCCAUUUAUUCGUCUACGUUACCCGUCGCUCCCGGCGGUGGAGGUUUUUUUGAUGGUUGGGAAAUGGACCAAGGUGGUGUUACCCAUCAUUCCCCUACGCAGGAUCUUCGUAAUUUCAAGGAGAUUCGUUUCCUCCGGAUCGAAUUACCCGGCGGUGAGCUAGGGAUUGAUGACGGAGUUCUUUUGAAAUGGAGAGCUAAUUUCGGGUCAACCCUUGAUAAUUGCGUCAUACUCGGAGCUGCCUCUGUAGUUAACAAUGCGAAUUCACAGUUAUCGGAAUUUGGGAACGAUGGAUUUUGCAUCAACAAUGGUUCAAAUGUUGGAUACGGCGAUGGCAAUGGGAGUAUCCCAGAGACGUUUUACACCGACGGUGGUUUGAAAUUAAGGGUUGUUUGGACGAUCAGCUCGUUAAUCGCGGCAUCAGCCAGACAUUAUUUGCUUCAACCUAUAAUUGCGGAUCAUAAGAUGCUGGCUAGCUUGGUUUUAACCGAUUCCGAUGGACAAGGGGUGCUUUAUAUGAACAGGGAUCAGCUUGAGGAGUUAAGAGUGAAGCCAUUAUCUGCUUCUUUUGCCUCAAAAAGGACGAUGGUGCCUGCGUUGAAUAUGAAGCUUUGGUAUGCUCCUUACUUGGAGUUGCACGAUGGCGUUGUUUUGAAAGGUGCUACUCUGGUUGCUAUUAGGCCUAGUGAACUAUCUGCUUCAAAAAGCCAGGUCUCAGAUGUUUCUUGGUUAUUGAAUGCUUUCGAAGAGCCUUAUAGGACUGCCACCAAGAUGCUGGUCAAGGGAAGGACUUAUUGCUUGGAGAUGAAUUCGUUUUGAUAUUCACGUCCGCUUAUGCAAAGGGAAAUCAGUCAGUCCCAAUGGUCAAGAGAAGAAGUGAUAGCAUGCUUUGGAGAGCCGAUGAUGAGACGAUUUGUUACAUAUUGUAGCUUAAUCUUCAGCAGUUUCCUAAAGCUAAACCUUGCUUUGGAUCACCGAUAAAACAAAUCCAUGCUUGUUGAUAUGUGGUGCAAGCAUUUUAACCGAUCGCCAAAUGCACCUGCUGUUUUUUUUUUGUCUCGGCUGCGUGUCAACAGUGGACACCUGCAACUAAUUUGAUGGUGUAAGAGCUUUGAGCUUGUAGUCCUUCACAUUUUUUUGUGUGUACAAUCCCUCUAUAUGUGAAUAUUGUAGAUAUCACCAUGUUGUGCUUUAUGUUAUAUAUCGUGAUUUUCAUCAAUAAAUGUAGUUUACACUUGGCUUUUAA